AAAACGUCGUCGUAAGCUUCUCUCUUCUAUGUGCGGGUUAUUUGUGUAUCGUUCCAGUCAUGGUAUUGUGCCUUUUUUUGUUAUUUAUGUUGGGUUGUGUGUGGCAGGCAGUAACAGCCAGAUUAAUCAGGCCCUGAUCCACCAUGAGGCCUGUUCAAGGACCACCCUCCAGGUAGACAGCUCAACAUGGUCAGCGUUUUGUCGUUAUCUGACAAGAUCAUCUCAAAGUGUCAGUUUGCAAGAUGUGAUUUGGAACUUGUGAUUACUCCUCUAGGACUCUGCCUACGAUGGUUAUCCAAUGAAGAUAGCAAGAAUAAUGGAAAAUCCUUGGAUGCUGCUAUUGUGACAAAAAUGAAGAUUUAUGGCAAAUUGUAUCCUGUUUGCAUGAACUUAGUGACUGAGGUAGCAGUGUUUGGUAAAGCAGUGAGUAAUGGAAGCAGUGACUCUUGUGGACAGACACCUUCCACAGCGUUAAUAGUCUGUGCCUCUGGAUCAGUUAAGGCAGCCCACUCAAAACUACCCGGCUUCCUGGUCACCCUUUGUCAUGUAGCUCAGCCUGUAGUCUGGACUGGAAUUAUGGAAGUUGGUGAUACAUCCGUUAUUGUGGUUGUUGGCAAGAAUGCAAUUAUGGCCAUUGGAAAACCAGUACCAUCAUCAGUAUUACACACUUCCACUACAAGAGAUGAAAACUAUGGUAAAGGCAACUUACAUUGGUCUACAAGAACUCUUACAACAGCUGCAGUAACAUGUUAUGGUCAGAAGAAUGCUCUUGUUUUUUCUGAUGGUGUUUCAUGCUGGCUGUGUCGUAUUACUGCUGUAGGCGGUGAUGAAAUGGAAGUGGAGUGCCAUGAGUUAUCAUAUAAUGGAGUUAUGCAAAUUACUUGUAAAAACAUGGACUGUAUUGAAAUGUUAACAUGUGAUGGACGAAAAUAUCAGUGUUGCUGGAAAGUUCUGACUGAAAAUAAUAAAAGUGAGAAUAAGGUAUGCUCCAACUUGAUGAGCAGUGAACUGCCUAACACAGUGGAGGGGAUGAUGACUGGCAUCCAGCAGUGCUCACAACUCAUGUAUGAUGAAGGUAAAAGCAUCUGUUCCUUGGAUAUCUAUCUUAGACAGUUGAGCCUGGCACACAGACUUUUAACAGAACCACGCCUCCCCCUAUUUUCAACAAGUGUCAGAGUGGAACACAGCAUUAUGCAAAGCAGUUCUUACUUUGCACACAUACAGUUCAGUAAACCAAAAGCCAACAUUAAUUUAGAGGGAAAAUGGUGGAGACUUUGUAUAGUUGUUCCUGGGUAUAAUGGUGAUUAUUUUAUUAGUGCAAAGCUUGAUAGUAAAUGUUUUGCAACUGGUAUGGGUAUGUCUGUACCUAUACCAGCACUCAAUCUUAAAAAUAGCCUAAAUAGCAUAACUAUUAAAUGUUACUUGGUAUUAGAGCACUUCUCAUCAUUUCAGCCAGUGUGUCAAGUCUUUGCAUGUCAAGCAGAAGUUGACAUUUUUCAUUUCCUCACUUGUCAGCGUAAGUUAAGUACUACAAGUCUUUCUUUUCAAACAUCUGGCAUUAGUUUAUAUAAGACAUUUGAAGAGCAAGCCUUUGGAAAUUACAAAUCUAAUAUUAAUCAAAAUCCAGUUCCUUUUUGCAAGGUUUGCACAUCAUACAUAACUCAUGAAACAGUUACAUCUUUAUUUGAAUCUUUAUUUGGUCUCAUUCCACCAUUAAAUCUUGAACAGAAAAACAGUGAGAAAAAUAUUCUUCAUGUUUCCCUGUGGUAUCAUGAUGACCGCAUUGAUAUUCAUUGCUCCAUCAAAGAUGACAGAACAUUACUUAUCUUUGAGGGUCCAAAUCCAUCAGUGGUGCUGUCAUUAAGAGCAGCCAUAGAGAGGAGGGUAAUGGAUCUUGGACUACCCUCCAGAUCAGUGACUCUCACUCCAGAAGUCCUGAGACAAGCUCAUCUUGUCCAUAGGAUAUCAAAUUUUGAAGCCAAUUCUUGUACAACACCAGCAUUUGUUAGCCACUUUCAUCAUGCUGUUACACAGUUAAUAUCACUCUUGCCCCUAUAACCAUUUUAAAAUUAUUUUUAAUUGUCUAAUAAGCAACUAAUAACUUUUAUAAUGUGAGAAAAAUAAAAUGUGAACUACCAUCUGA